CUGUGAAAAAGCUACGUCAUUCUUUGUCAGUUUAACGAUCGUCAGCAUUUGGAGAAAAAACUGAAUUAGUUUCCGAAGUGAAUAAAUAUAUCUCUGGUUGGGUAGGGAAUAAAGUUCCAGUGUUAACUAUAAAUUUGUGUUAAAACCAUGGCUGAUAGCAAAAGCCCAGACGAUCUAGCGACUGCGAUCCUCCGCAAAAAGGACCGUCCGAACAGGCUUUUAGUCGAAGAAGCCGUUAACGAUGAUAAUUCCGUUGUGGCCCUGUCCCAGGCGAAAAUGGACGAACUGCAGCUCUUCAGAGGCGACACCGUUCUACUUAAGGGCAAGCGUCGAAAAGAAACUGUCUGCAUAGUCCUCUCCGACGAUAGUUGUAGUGACGAAAAGAUCCGCAUGAACAGAAACGUUCGGAAUAACUUAAGAGUCAGGCUGUCUGACGUCGUUUCUAUUCAGCCCUGCCCCGAUGUUAAGUACGGCAAAAGAAUCCACGUUCUUCCCAUAGAUGACACAGUAGAAGGACUUACAGGAAAUCUGUUUGAAGUGUAUCUGAAGCCGUAUUUCCUGGAGGCCUAUCGUCCCAUUCAUAAGGACGACGUUUUUAUCGUAAGGGGCGGCAUGAGAGCCGUUGAAUUUAAGGUAGUGGAAACCGAUCCGGCCCCUUACUGCAUAGUCGCGCCCGAUACGGUCAUCCAUUGCGACGGGGAUCCGAUCAAGCGCGAAGAAGAAGAGGAGGCCCUCAACGCUGUCGGCUACGAUGACAUCGGAGGUUGCAGAAAACAGCUGGCCCAGAUCAAAGAGAUGGUCGAGUUGCCGUUGAGACAUCCUAGUCUGUUUAAGGCUAUUGGUGUUAAGCCGCCUCGAGGUAUCCUCUUGUACGGUCCACCAGGUACUGGAAAAACUCUGAUAGCCAGAGCCGUCGCUAACGAAACCGGAGCUUUCUUCUUUUUGAUUAACGGUCCGGAAAUCAUGAGCAAGCUUGCAGGAGAAUCGGAGAGUAACCUGCGCAAAGCUUUCGAAGAGGCCGACAAGAACUCCCCGGCCAUCAUCUUCAUCGAUGAAUUGGAUGCUAUCGCACCGAAGAGAGAGAAAACGCACGGAGAGGUGGAGCGUCGCAUCGUUUCGCAAUUGCUUACUCUAAUGGACGGCAUGAAGAAGAGCUCGCACGUCAUCGUUAUGGCCGCCACGAACAGGCCGAACUCCAUCGAUCCCGCGCUACGUCGUUUCGGAAGGUUCGACAGGGAAAUCGACAUCGGCAUUCCGGACGCAACCGGUAGAUUAGAAGUGCUGAGAAUCCACACCAAGAACAUGAAGUUGGCCGACGACGUCGAUUUGGAGCAAAUCGCGGCCGAGACUCACGGUCACGUGGGCGCCGAUUUGGCUUCGCUCUGUUCGGAAGCGGCGCUUCAACAGAUCAGAGAAAAGAUGGACCUAAUCGAUCUCGAAGACGAUCAAAUAGACGCGGAGGUGCUCAAUUCGUUGGCCGUGACCAUGGAGAACUUCCGUUACGCUAUGACGAAGAGCAGCCCGAGCGCCCUGCGCGAAACCGUGGUCGAGGUGCCGAACGUCACAUGGGAAGAUAUCGGCGGUUUGGCGAACGUCAAGAAGGAAUUGCAGGAGCUGGUGCAAUAUCCGGUGGAGCAUCCCGAUAAGUUCCUCAAGUUCGGCAUGCAGCCGUCUAGGGGUGUGCUGUUUUACGGGCCGCCCGGUUGCGGUAAAACCCUAUUGGCCAAGGCCAUCGCUAACGAAUGUCAGGCAAACUUCAUUUCCGUCAAAGGACCGGAAUUGUUAACGAUGUGGUUCGGUGAAUCUGAAGCUAAUGUUAGAGACAUUUUCGAUAAGGCCAGAUCAGCAGCUCCUUGUGUACUUUUCUUCGAUGAGUUAGAUUCGAUCGCCAAGUCGAGAGGUGGAAAUGUGGGAGAUGCCGGCGGUGCCGCCGAUAGGGUGAUUAAUCAAAUUUUAACCGAAAUGGAUGGUAUGGGAGCGAAAAAGAACGUUUUCAUAAUCGGUGCUACAAAUAGACCAGAUAUCAUUGAUCCCGCUAUAUUACGUCCCGGCCGUUUGGAUCAAUUGAUCUACAUCCCGUUACCGGACGAAAAGUCCAGAGAAGCAAUCUUUAAAGCAAACUUAAGGAAAUCACCUGUAGCUAAAGACGUCGAUCUUACGUAUAUUGCCAAAGUUACACACGGUUUUUCGGGUGCCGAUUUAACAGAAAUAUGUCAAAGAGCUUGCAAACUCGCUAUAAGACAAAGCAUCGAAACUGAGAUUAGACGAGAACGUGAGAGAGCAUUGAAUCCCAACGUAGCAAUGGACCUGGAUGACGACGAUCCGGUUCCGGAAAUAACCAGGGCCCACUUUGAGGAGGCGAUGCGUUUCGCCAGACGCUCGGUUUCCGAUAACGACAUCAGAAAAUACGAAAUGUUUGCACAAACGCUACAACAAUCUCGAGGGUUCGGGACGAACUUCCGUUUCCCGACGGCCCAGGGCGGGCCGCAAGCCCCGGGAGGCACCGGCGGGGAUCAGGCCAACUUCCAAGAUGAUCCCGAAGACGACCUAUAUAGCUAAACAAUUUGGUUGGGGGCCCGAGCACCGAGUUUGAAGAAACUUUUUUUAUUUUGUAUUUAUUUACGAAUUCCUCAUACCGCUGGCAAUGUCACAUUGUCGGGGUAUAUUCAUAUGUUGUUUAAUAUAAUAGUUUUGGAAUAUAAUUACAAGUUUGUCUAAGAGAGUU